AUGUCUAGAGGAAGUCGAGUAAGAGGACCCAAUUCAGCAUUAACUGAAUUUUUAAGGUCUCAAGGGAUCAAUACAUCUGCCUUGGGUAGAGCACGUCCUCCAAGUCCAGAAUCUACAACUGAACAGACUGACCAAGAUUCUAUUACGCCGAUAAAUGAAGCCGUAGAAACACCAUUUCCCGAAGAAACGCCUCUCAUUGAGACAACAACCGUUCAACUUCAGAGGCCACCCAGGUCUCGAGGUAGAAGCGUAAAAAAGAAGAAAAAACCUUUAGAAGAAGAUAACAAUGAUGACGAUAGUGACUACAACGUAAAUUCUGGUUUUCGUCGUGCUGGAUUUUCCUAUAAGUCGCGUGAAAGUGCAGGUAAAUUAGACUUUUGUGUUCACUGCCAAUGUCGAUUUACGAUUACGCCUUACAGUAAAUACAGUGAGAAAGAAAACGGAUGGCUUUGUUAUCCUUGUAGUCGUGGUGCUGAAGAACAGCAGGUUCCUGAAAUUCACACUCGAAAGCGACGUGCCAUGACAAGAAAAAAGGCUGCAGCAGCUACCAUGGAUGAAGAACUGAAUGUUCCCAAGCUUCAAGAUUUAUGUAUUUGCAUCAUUGCUGAAUAUAUUCAUGAUAUCGAAGCUUUGGGAGAUAUAGGACAAAUCAACAUGGACAAAAUAAGCCAGAUAAUAUCCAAAAACAGAUCUUUGGAUGAUACAACAGUGCAACUAUUUUUGACUGGAGACCAAACGGAACUAAGGCUGUACGAUUGCUCCAGAUUAACGGCUGAAGCUUUGUUGCAAAUUGUUCAGUAUUGUCCUCGUUUACAUACCCUACAUUUGACUUUUUGUGGACAAAUGAAAGAUGGAGUCCUUGAUUUAUAUUCUGAAAAAUUGACCGAACUAAAGGACCUUACUAUCAAUGGUGCCUUCCUUGUAUCUACCGAUACAUGGAUAUCUUUCUUUAAGAAACGCGGUCCCCAGUUGACAAGACUAGAAAUUACAGAUACCGCAAAAGUUCGCUCUUCUGUUAUAAAUGCAAUUGCUGAUUAUUGUCCGAAUCUCACGACUCUGACUUUAUCACGGAUUUUUUAUAUGGAUGAUGAAUGUGUCCGCUUAUUGUCUGGGUGUAAGAACCUCACGACCCUGCGUAUUGAGUCACCUGGUGAGACCGUUACUGAUGGAAGUGUAUUAGAUGUUUUAAACCAAAUUGGCAGUGGCCUUCAAACCCUUAGUUUAGCAGGCUGUUCCAAAUUAACAGAUGAAGUGUUACGACAAGGUAUAGGACCCUGCUGUGGUCGUCUUCGUAAUCUGGAUUUAAGUGGUUUAUCUGAAUUGACGGAUGAUGAAGCGGCUUCAAUGUUUGGCAGUUGGAACGUACAGUCCGGAUUGGAAACAUUAUCUUUAAGAAGAUGUUUAGGACUCGGUGAUCGAACUGUUCGUGCUGUUUUGGUAAAUUCGGGGCAUUCGCUUUCCAGUUUGGAUUUGAAUGGAUUAGCUUAUGUCACGUCGAAUUCUCUUCAAUAUCUAGCAACGUUUCCUCUUCCCAGGUUACAAACAUUGGACGUUAGCUGGAUUCGUGAUAUGAAUGACAAACUUGUUUGUGAGUUUGAGGAAAAUAAGCCUACACUUGAGAAACUUUUAGUAUGGGGCAAUAACCACGUAUUGAUGCCGACGAAACGACUUUUGUUAAUUGGAAGAGAGGUGCAAUAA